GUUCGGGCAGUUGUGUUUUGACUGUCGACCUGUACGGACAUCCUAAGCUAAGCGAGAGUUGCUGUUCUACUAGUUCAAAAGUACGUUCCGUUUUGGCUCUGUUCGAUUUUCGUUUCACCGCUAUCUGAUUAUAGAGCUUCGCGAAUACCACACCGGUGAAUAGUUGUCAUCGCUUAUAUAAGGUGAAACUGUUUAUCGACAGAAUUCCUAGGUACUACAAUAAGUAAAUGUGUUCAACCUAGUCCUACGCAGUCUAGCUGCUAUCAGCGUUUUUACAGUCGGUGCUUCAAAGUCAGUGCACUUCCUCCGAAUACACCAGCUCUAUAAAUAAAGCCGACCGAAUGCAUCACCAUAGAAUAAGUCUAUAAGUGGAAAGUGAAGUUCGUAUCUAGUCAUAUACUUACAUUCUGUGUCGCUCGAAUUACGCAUCUACAGGUUGUGCACUUUGAGGCGACCGUCAUUGAAUGUUGUUUACUUACUGUUAAAAAGUCAGCCACUUCGAGUGAGUGAUAAUGAAACGCGUAUGAUGACAACCGCAUAUAGUAGUGAAGAGCGUGACCUUCUGACGAUGGGCGCUGAGGAGGAAAACCAUAUUCUUGGAAGAUUAUGUGAAAAGUUCAUGGUAAAAAAACGGGCCUCGGUUCGAUGCACAGUUCCUCUUGGCCUAGCCUAGCAGCUUGAAAGAAGUAGGGAAGCUAAAGCUAAUUUUGUAAACCGGCUUCGGCGUAUCGUUUGGGCCAGUUAAUCCGUUUGUUUACUCGUCAUGAAUGGAUAACCAGUUUCGGGGUGCUGCACCGUGAAUGCUCGGGGAGUGAUCUCUGAUAUGUUAUCUGCAGUAGACACGAACGCUUCGUCUCGUCCGUAUUCCGUACGCCUGCACUGAACGGGCUUUCCCAAGAUGGCACUCCAGGGCAGUUUGGAGGACCUGUACAAAUUUAGCGUGCUUGACUAUGGCGUAUUCGUGGUAAUGCUGUUUCUGUCCGCGGCCUGCGGAAUCUACUUUGGUUUCUUCAAACGUACCACUGCACAGCAAACUCCGGAAAGUAGUGACGAUGAGUUUGGGCUAGGCGGUUCCAAGACAGCGGCAAAUGCUGGCAAAGGUACCCGAAUUACGACCUUCGGGUCCUCCACUAUGGAUGAAUAUCUGCUUGGAUCUCGGAAGCUGAAAGCAUUCCCGGUGGCCAUGAGUCUAGUGGCCGGCUAUAUCUCUGGGGUGACCAUACUGGGAACGCCAUCGGAAAUAUACAAUUUCGGAACACAGUAUUGGCUCAUAGUGAUACCGAUUCUGUUGAUGGGUAUUGCCGUGUGCACGGUCUACCUUCCAGUAUUUUGCUCGCUGAAACUGAACUCAUCGUAUGAGUACUUGGAGCUUCGAUUCAACUCGUCGGUCCGUUCGAUUGCAUCCAUAACGUUCGUCAUGGAUGAGUUAUUUUUCCUGCCGAUGAUCAUUUACGUACCAUCACUCGCUUUCAAUCAAGUUACCGGUUUCAAUCUUUAUAUUAUUGGAGCAGUUGUAUGCAUUGUUUGCGUGUUUUACACUUUGUUGGGUGGCAUAAAGGCGGUGGUUUUCACCGAUGCAUGGCAAGUUCUGGUGAUGUUCAUUUCGGUAGUCAUCGUAGUCGUUUUGGGAACUAUUUCCAUUGCUGGACCGGAUGUGAUCUGGGACCGUGCCGUUCAGGGCAAUAGGAUUGAUUUCUUCAACUUCAAUCCAUCCAUGUAUGAGAGACAGACCUUUUGGGCGGUUUUGAUCGGUGGUUUCUUCUACUGGACAUCCUUCAAUUCGGUCAACCAAACCAUGGUGCAGCGUUACAUGUCCUUGCCAAACCUCAAGAAAGCUAGAUUAUCCAUCGGAAUGUUCACAAUUGGUAUUGCGAUUUUUGUUUCAGUUUGCUGCUAUGCUGGCUUGUUGAUCUACGCUUAUUAUUACCAAUGUGAUCCGAUGUCCAUGGGAUUGGUAAAGACAGACGAUCAGCUGUUCCCGCAUUACGUCAUGGAGAUCGUGGGACAUUUGCGAGGAAUUCCUGGCCUGUUCAUUGCCGGUGUAUUUGGAGCGGCACUCAGUUCUUUGUCCGUAGUACUUAAUUCGACGUCAGCUGUUUUGCUGGAAGACAUCCUGAAGGGACUGUUCCGAGUGAAACCUAGUCCCUUUGUGGCUAACAUCUUCGUUCGGGUCUGUGUUGUCGUUCUGGGAAUGGCGGCCAUGGGUUGUCUGUUUAUUAUCGAAAAAUUAGGAGGAAUAUUGAGUGUCGCAACUUCUUUGUCGGCUAUUGCUGCGGGUACAACCUGUGGAAUGUUUACAUUGGGAAUGCUUGUACCUUGGAGUAACUCCAAAGGAGCGAUCAUUGGCGGCGUUUCGGGUGCUCUACUAUCCGGUUGGGUUUCCUUAGGAUCACAAUUUGCAAGCGCCAAUGGCGAAAUUGUUCCUCACAAACUACCCGUAUCCGUUGAAUCAUGUCCCAGCGAUCUGCUAUCCAACAGUACCAUUGUCAAUCCCAUCUACCCGGAUGAAUCGGGAGUGUUUCCACUGUACCGAUUAUCUUACCACUGGAUAACUCCGAUUGGUGUGGUUACAGUGAUGAUCAUUGGAACGAUUGUGUCAUUCAUUACCAAACCUAGAAACCUAAAGGACAUCGACCCGGAACUGAUUUCACCAGUGAUUCAUCGUUUUCUUCCUCAGGAAUGCUUCGCAAAUUACGGAACAGCAUGCAAAGACGUGGAACAACCAAGAACUACUUAUGGAACAGAUGCAACUUCGUCGAAACGGUCUUGAUGAUAGUGAGAUAUUGAAGAUCAGGCGUUGAACGGAACGCUUAACUCAGCUAGGUACUUAAUCCUAUAAGUAUAGCCCGUUGUCUUAUGGGUGUAAUCUCCUGGAGCUGUUGGAAAUCUUAGUUAAGACAAUGAUGUACAAAUACAAUCUUACUAAAAACGAUCGCUACCAUACACAAACACUAACACAAUAAACACAUAAAAAACGGUUACUGAAAUGGAGCGUUUGGGAACAAUCUCUCUGGAUUGACCACCGUUCCACCGAAACUUAAUUCUGUAGAUUGUAAAGUACAAUGUGCUAAACAUUUACACGCAACUUGCCUGUGAUACAAUCAAAACUAUUAUGUAGUUAGAAACGUUUUUUAUAUUUUUUAACGAACGUGAUGAAAAAAAGAAAUAAACAAAUUUUGAAGUAAA